CCACGCGAGAAGUUUUGCGCUACAAUGUUAAGUCGUGUCAUUUUCCUUGUUUGUUGUAUUUUAAUGAGUGAUCUCGUUACAGCGUCGAAACCAUUGUCGAUUUUAGUAAUACAGAAUCUUCCGUUGCCUAGCCACCACGUCUGGACGGAGUAUUUGGUUAAAGGGCUGCUUCGCAAAGGUCAUCAUGUACACGCAGUGAGCACACAUGAGACUAAGGUCAAGGGUAAACUCGCGCAGAAUUUGACGUACGCCGUUUUCGAUGAUCUGAUGCAAACUUAUGACGAAUCCGAGGAUCAUAAUCCAGCUGAAUGGGAAAACAACAGAACAUUAUAUAUGAUAUAUUUGUUGUAUCAGUUUUACAUUAACGCAUGUGACACACUGAUAAAAACUAAAACAGCGAAAGAGCUUUUGGAAAUGACUAAAUCUGUUGAGUUUGACGUUAUAGUACAGGAUAUUAGUAUAUCUCAUUGUUUCUACGGAUUAUGGGAGGCUGCUAAAGGUAAGCCACCCAUAGUAGGCUAUGUUCUAUAUAGUCUUGCACCUUGGCUGAAGGAUUACGUCGGUGGUCCAAGUUAUCCGACUGUUCGAACCAACCCCGCAUCCAUUGCGAAACCUGAAGGUUUGUGGCUGAGGACAUGGAAUGCUCUAUAUUUUAUUAUGGAUGAUCUCAUAAGAUAUUACUAUUACUUCCCUAUUAUUCAACGACUUACUGAGGAAUAUGUAGGCCAUGCAAUAAAGCCAUUACAUGAAAUAGAAAAAGACAGAAUUAACAUAGUACUAAUUAAUAGUCAUCCUGCGUUCGAGCCUGCGAUCCCAUUGCCGCCGAACACUCUGGAGAUCGCAGGUCUAAAUGCCCAAGCCGUGCAACCAAUUGCCGGCGAGAUAGUUGUGACGUAUUCUGAGGAUGUGCGCGUAUUUCUCGACGAAGCAAAGAAUGGAGCUAUUGUAAUAUCGUUAGGAACAAAUGUGAAAUGGAAAGAUGUCGGCCUAGACAAGAUUAAAAUCGUUAUACUGGCUUUGUCGAAACUGAAGCAACGAGUGCUGUGGAAGCUAGAUAUUGAUGUGCCAUUUGAGAUACCGAAUAAUGUAAUGGUUGUGAAAUGGAUGCCGCAAAGCGAAGUUUUAUCUCAUAAAAAUGUAAGAGCAAUCUGGACGCAUGGUGGCCUCCUCAGUACGCAGGAAGCCAUUUGGAAAGGUAUACCAGUGAUCGUAAUGCCUUUCUUCAUGGAUCAAAGACCCAAUGCAAGAAUAUUAGUAGCUAAAGGCGUUGGCAUACACUUGGAUAUUAAAACUUUGUCCGCGCAGUCCAUAUUGCACGCAGUUGAAGAAGUACUUUACAACGAAAGUUAUACAAGAAACAUGAAGCAAUUAUCCAGUGAAUUCCGGGAUCGGCCAAUACCGCCAUUAGAUUUAGCUGUUUGGAGCAUUGAAUACACCGUCCGUCAUCCAAAUGGAACUUUAGUAACGCCGCUGAGAUCUCAAAGCUGGGUAGAACAAAAUCUGAUAGAUGUCUACGCAUUUUUGUUCUUUAAUUUUUUUAUAAUAUUGUUAAGUAUAUUCUUUGUAAUAAAGCUAUUUAUUAAUUUCUGUUAUAAUUAUAUGUACACUGCAUCUAAUUUACGCAAGAGUAAACAAGCGUAAGUUGUAUUAAAAAUUAUUAACAGGCUUUGCGUGCAGUUGCUGCAUAUAAUGUUAAUGUAAAGAAGUGAAAUUACCGUAAAUAUAAAAAAUGUUGUACUAAUUGAUAUUGUAAUUAAUAAUAAAAUAUGUUACAUUAAAUUGUAAAAUAAAUCAAGAUGUAGUAAGUACACCA